AUGGCAUCUCUUGUCCUGUAUUAUCCUCAUAUAGCGAGGUUCUUAUAUCGCCACAGUCGAGAUCUCAAGUCCUUUCUCCAAAGCAGUGACUCGGUGGACCGCACGAACUAUCACCGGAUCCUUGUACUUGCGAGCAUGGAUAUCCUCCUCACGUUGCCUAUGGGCGUAGCGUCAAUCGUCUUGAAUACAAGACAAUCAUUAGCUUAUGAUGACGGCCAAAUCUCGUUCUACUACGGCUGGAGGGACGACCACGCUGACUGGGCCCCGCGGAGUGUUUCCCAGGCAGACGCACUGGCAGGAGGGACGUCUGUUGUGGCGCAAUACUACUUCAUCCAAUGGACAUCGCCCGUCCUCGCUUUCGUCAUCUUCGCCCUCUUCGGCGCCACGUCAGAAGCACGCGCGGCGUACUGGCGCGUCAUCUGCACUAUCGGCGGCUGUUUUGGCUGGGCGCCGACGCCAUGCACGCACAGGGCGCGUUCGUCGUUGGGAGACAUCGAGUUCGGCGAGAGGCCUCCGCAGCACUCCAUAUCAUUUGGUCUCGACUCACAGCCAAGCUUCAUCGACCCAAGCGCACGUAUUCCUCAAACGAUGACAGGAAGCAUCACCGAUCGAAGCGAAGUAGCAUUCGAAAGCACCAGGUCAGACAAGGACUGGCCAGAGGAUGUACCUCGAGCCACAAGUGGCACGCAUCGGGACAAUGACGUGCAGGAUCGCGGUGCGCACGUAGUCGGAGCGUCGCAGGCAGUAUAA